CCGUGCGUCUGCGUGUGUUUUGCUUGUGGAAUGUGGGAGUUGUCCCCACGCGCGUUACGAACAACCGACCUGUCCAAACAGUGCGCGCGUGGCAGAGGAUGUCACACCAACCAAAACAGAGGACGCACGGUUACAGCAGAGUUUAUGAUCCGUUAUUGGAGGAAAAUCGGCCGUGUAGGGUAGAGUCGGGGCGGGGCGUAAUUACACGGAGUCCCAUCCAUUUAGGGUCAAGUACAACAUUUUUACAGUUCUAACCAGCGUGAGUUCAAAGUUUGUUUUGUACCCGGAAACCCAUUACGGCGAAUCGGUCAUAUAUCUGCUUUCAGAUUUGAAUCAGUUUUUAUUGUUCUUUAGUUAAGACGCAGGCUCGUGAUAAAUCUGCACGGGAUGGAUAUCGAAGCAGUCCUAUAGCCAGUAUAAUUCGUUAGCAUCGCACGGACUAGCUCCACCACAGGCUCGUCCGUGUGUACGGAGCUGCGGUACGCUGGACGUGGAGCGAGGCGACCCUCUGCGGGCUGCGCGGUCGAGGCGGUGGGCGUGUUUUCUCUCAGUGUCUCAGCGUGCUAGCAUGUGAGCUGGCGGCAAGUUCUAGGCGUGAAAAAAGAAACAAGAUUUACAAGUUACGGGCAGAAGUAAACCAGGAAAAGUCACGUUACGCGUGAUCGGAAAAGUUACACGCAGUAGUGAUGGAGUCGGCUGUUAGUACAUCCACUCAAAUGCCAGAUGAGUUUGACCGGAAUGUUCCUCGGAUAUGUGGUGUGUGCGGGGACAAAGCUACUGGCUUUCACUUUAAUGCGAUGACCUGCGAGGGCUGCAAAGGCUUCUUCAGACGCAGCAUGAAGCGGAAGGCCAGUUUUACCUGUCCAUUUAAUGGAAGCUGCACCAUCACUAAAGACAACCGUCGACACUGCCAGGCCUGCAGACUCAAGCGUUGCCUGGAUAUUGGCAUGAUGAAAGAGUUUAUUUUGACAGAUGAGGAGGUUCAGCGAAAAAAGGAACUGAUCCAGAGGAGGAAGGAGGAGGAGGCACAGAAAGAAGCGCAGAAGCCCCGCCUCACGGAGGAGCAGCGCAACAUCAUCAGCACGCUGGUGGAGGCGCACCACAAAACUUACGACGAUUCUUACUCCGACUUCUCGCGCUUCAGACCUCCUGUUAGAGAGGGUCCAGUUACACGUAGUGCCAGCCGUGCCGCGUCUCUCCACUCACUAUCAGAUGCCUCCUCGGACUCCUUUAGCCACUCUCCAGAGUCAGGAGGUCGCAAGAUGAAUCUGAGCAACCUGUUCAUGAUGUAUCAGGAGCAGGGUUUGAGCUCCAGUCCUGAUUCAAAAGAGGAUGAGGGUUCUGGUCUCUCUAUGCUUCCUCACCUGGCUGAUCUGGUUUCCUACAGCAUUCAGAAAGUCAUCGGCUUUGCCAAGAUGAUUCCUGGAUUCAGGGAUCUUACAGCUGAAGAUCAGAUCGCUCUGUUGAAGUCUAGUGCUAUAGAAGUGAUCAUGCUGAGGUCCAACCAGUCCUUCAGUCUAGAGGAUAUGAGCUGGAGCUGCGGAGGACCUGAUUUCAAAUACUGCGUCAAUGAUGUCACAAAAGCUGGACACACUCUGGACCUGCUGGAGCCUCUAGUGAAAUUUCAGGUGGGAUUGAAAAAGCUCAACCUACAAGAGGAGGAACAUGUGCUGCUGAUGGCUAUCUGCCUGCUGUCUCCAGACCGACCCGGAGUGCAGGACCACGAGCGAGUGGAAGCGCUGCAGGACAAACUGUCUGAAGUUCUGCAGGCAUAUAUCCGUGCACAUCAUUCGGGGGGCCAUCUGGUCUACGCUAAGAUGAUACAAAAGCUGGCAGACCUCCGCAGCCUCAACGAAGAACACUCAAAACAGUACCGCUCCCUCUCAUUCCAGCCCGAACACAGCAUGCAGCUGACGCCCCUCGUGCUGGAAGUCUUCGGCGGACAGGUCACCUAGCAGCCGCGCCCGAGUCGGGUCAAGAUGAACGGGUCAGACCGCGUGACCCAGAGAGGCGCGGUGAGGGUGGAGUGAAUGUACGGACAAUCACCUUAAAACAUACAUACAAAGUUUUCAGGACGACAUUUGUGAGUGCUUGAGGGUGUGUGUGCGCGUGUGAGCGUUUUCCUCAUAUUAGGCCUAGAUGGAACUUGCCGGUUCAUUUCACACUUUUGGGGGAAAGUCUGCGAUGACUUUAAACAUUCUAAUUGUGUUAAAUACAGCUCUAAGCGCUUAUUACUCAAAUUAGCCAUAUUAUUUUGAAGAUAAUAAUCCCUGUAGAAAAGUGCAGAGCUUUGUAAAUAGAGGAUGACCAAUUUUUCUGUUGAGGUCACAGGUUUAAUGUGGCCCUACUUGUGAGUUUGGCUAGGGAGCGCCGCAGAUAUUCAGUUUUCUGAAUGUUAUAUGGUCAUGGUGUUUUUUCACUCUGGCAAGUAAAUAUAGUAUAUCUUACUGUAUUUUCAAUAGCCAACAGUAUUACACUGCAUGUGUAGCCCUUUACAGGAUGAGUGUGUACGUGUGUUCCUGGUCUAAAUGUCUGCACGCUUCCCCAAUAGCGCUGUCCAGCACUGCUGAUCUCUCCUGUUUCUUCACCUCCUUGCCUUUAAAUGCACAGUGUUGAAAGUACUAAUGCAAGCACAUAGUUCUAACUCACUCCUUUCCUAGCCACUUAACCAAUUAUCCAGAGCAUCCAGAGCUGUAAUACAGUGGUUCCCAACAUUUUCCUUUGAGCCCCCCAGUAAAUUUACAACAAAUCUGAAAUGUUGCUAAUGUAUAUUUUUAAUUAUAAAAAUAAUUCAAUGAAACAAGUGUCUUGACUGCAUUAACAUGACAUUGAUCGCAUAUGAUAACAUAGACCUAUAUAAACCUAUUAGACAUCUAUGUCUGACCUCAAAGCAUAUGGGGGCUGAGGAGGACCCCAGGUUGGGAACCACUGCUGCUGAACCAAUGGCUGUCUUCUCUACUGUUAUUCGCCUGUGCUGUGAUUGGUCAAUUACCCCUGCGCAAGUGGCCAGUGCUGCAUUAGCACUCAUCACACAGCUAACCUGUAAAUAUUAGUAACUAUAUUCUUACUCUCUUGUGUAAAUACAGUUUGAUAUAAGCUUACAGAGGGAUACCCUGCAGCCCUGGCUAGUUAUAAUGAAUAUGUUAUGAUGAACAUCAAGUACUACAGUUACUGUGUGUUACAUCAAACAUAUAGGAAUUGGAUUCAUUCAUUGUUUAUAAUGAAACUGAGAGCUCUACCUCCAAAUUUUACAUUGUUGUAAAUCAUAUAUAGUCCUACAGGUGCAGUUCACCUUUUCCGUUCUAUAGUUUUUCUAGCGCGUUCUCUCUCAUGCAUUCCAUUCUUCAUUUUCUCCUGGACGGAAUUUUCUCAAUCAUGACCUUUCUGAGAAAGACUGAAUGCUAUUUAUCAUUUAUAUUGAUUUGUUUUUUUAUUUUUUCUGCUGCUUCACUUUGGUUAACAGAUUGAUAAAGAUACAAAAGAAUAAACGCAUAAAAUGUCUGGGACACAUUUCACUUCAAUAUGAAAAAAAUUAUAUACAAUGCAAGAAUGCUAUUUUCUGAAUGGUAAAAUCGACUUUUUUGAUAUUAGGGGUGAAAUGUGAUCCAGACCUGUUGACGGGUUUUGUGAGAUAUCUGUUCAGCUAAACAAUACUGGUUGUGUGUGCCACACAAUCGAGGAAGCUCAACUGACUGAGAAAAUAAGUAACUCUUUCAGAUUCUCUUUCUCUUCGUUUUUAAGGUUUCUUUAAUAGCAGUGAAUUUAUUAUCAUUUGUAGCUACAGUGUUACAUGGUACCUGUUGCCACAGGCUGGUUCUUCAAAGCAUCACUUAAGUACUGCAUAACACAGGUCAGCACAUUAAUUUCUUAGGCUGGCUGUUAUAACCUUAACAAUUGGUUCUCAAACUUUUUUUAUAAGGCCCCCUUUGUGUAGAAUGCAACGCGUCAUGCCCCCCCCCAAAUAAAAACUUAUAUUCUUUAACGUAGAAAUUUGAUAAAACCAAAAACAUAUUCAUAUACAAUACUGGAACAUCAAUACUUAUGGUGCAUGGUCUUAUUUGUUGGAUUGAUUGCAUAAUAAAAAUCUAUUGUACAUAAAUGCCAAAUCUGUGGCUCCCCUGGGUCCAUCUAGGGGCCCCCCCAGUUUGAGAACCACUGGCCUAAACACAAUAUUUAGACUCGCAUGAAGCCAUUUCGGCAACGGUAUUAAUCUCACAAUAGCCACUGCACGUGUUGAAACACAUCUGCCUUGAUUGUCAAAAAACCCCAGUAAUUUUACAGAAUUUUUCUUUUCUUUUUUUACAGUUUUUCCACGUAUAAUGUAAAAAAAACUUAAAAUUACAGAAAAAGACCACACAUUUAAAGAAGACUAGCACCCCUAUUUGUAUUUAAAUUUUUGAACAUACUAUCAAAAACGUUAAAGAUUCAGAAAAAGACUGCAAAUUUGCAACAAUUUUUUUUUGUUUUAUUAUUUAUUUCUGGAGCCGCAGCUGCCAGAAAAUGUCAGUUUACUUAACAGGAUUUUGUGUUAUUGGUGGCUGUUCAUUGGUAAUUGUUAUUUACCUUAUGCAUUGAAAGUGCGCUAAGUUUUUUGGUCUGGGAUGUUUCUAGGGAGCAAUGUCCUCUACUUCAUUGUGUAUGAUAGCUGUAUGUGAUAUUUGUGGGACUAACGUCAAGGCCUCUCGAUAUUAGAGUGCUGAAAUUUCGGAUUUGUGUGAAUCUGAUCUACUUCUCUGUCAGGGCUCAGGGUCAUUAGGAAAACUUUUCUGUGGUAUGGGAGUUAAUCAUAGGAAAUUAAGAUUGUCUUUAGCUUUGAGAUUCGUCUUCGAACCGGGUUGAUGAUUUAUUGAUCACAUAGGCUGAAUUUAACUACCUGGAUACCGCUCUCGCUCAGUAGGGCGAGGCCGGUACGCGUGUCUGUGGUUGUGAGCGUUUAUAAAUCGAGCGAUAUGUAUAGCAUUUAUCUUUACAUCAAGUAUAUUCAUAUAUGACUGGGCAUUGUAUAUUUGGCCCAGUCUGACAUGGAUUGUGUGGGUGGGUGGGUGUGUGUUUGUGAAGGAGUGAGGUGUGAAGAAAGUUAUUUCCUCAGUACACACUUGUUAUUACUAAUAAAUAACUUAGUCAUGGCACUUAAAAUUUAAUGAUAUGGAAGGUUUGUGAUAUAUAUAUAUGAGUAUUACUUUGAAAAUGUAAAAGAUUAAGAUAUUUUCUUGUAGACUAGUUUUGAUAUUAUGGUAUUUGUGUACAGGUGGUGGCACAGGGCAGAGGUUAAAUAUGUAUGCGUGGAUAUGCAAACUGUAGGAAAGCAAGUUGAAUGCUAACUUCCUGCCCAGUGUAGGAUAUAUAUCCUAACUUUCACCUUUUUUCGCUCUUUAACUGUCUAUUUUGUUGUCUUCAUGCCUUUUCUCUAUACUAAGCUGCUCAGUUCUUUGUGGAAUGAGUGCGUUGAUUGAAUUUUAAACUGGAAAACAAUGAAAUCUUCCAGUCUUCAGUAAUGUAGUAAUCAUACACGACUUGUUUUGUACUGAUUUACUUAUUAAAGAUGAUAUCCCUGCAACACUCGGAUUAAACACAGAUCAUACGAACCAAGACGGCAUGUAACGUGUAAACGAAUGCACGAAUUGCAUUUUAAAUAACGAAUAGGGCGAGACAUUAGAAAGACAGUGAUGAAAAUGAUGUUGGUCUCUUUUCUGAGUCCAAAAUGUAACCAUAACAAACUACCUCUCUGGGGAACAGACACAUUUGAUUUGUAUUUUUUUAUGAUUCAUGUUUGUAUUUAUUGCUGUGCAGUGGCUCACAUGGACAACACAGUACCUCAUGUAUGAAUCUCACUUAACAACAACAGACGCCUUAACAGUUUUUUUUAACUGUUAUUAUCUUUGUGUACAGUAUUUGUAUCCUUAGCUUUCUUCAACAUUUUCUUCAACAGAUUUACAGGCAAACUUGUAUACAUACUCAUUCACAAACAAAGCUGAGCUGUUUAAGUCACUUUCAUGAUUGACAGUGUUCAGUUGCUGCUGGGAUUGGUUGGCCCCUCCACAGGCCCCUUCCCCUUUCGUUCUGACUGCUCGGUUGGAUUUUGCUGCUCCACAAAAAUAUUUACACAAAUGAACAUAACCAAGACAGAGCAUGACCUAGCUCUUUCUCUUUUUUGGGAGGUAGUAUUUUGUCAUCUUUUGUGCUCUGCAAAACACACAUACUCAAACCGUACCUCAUGCAAAAACCUAGUUCCUCUACCGUCAAUACCUCAAGCCAGGUCAAUCCUAAAAUCAAGUCGAUGGAUGACAGAUGUACCAGUAAGAAAGAGAAAGAACGUGAGACAUGCUCUUUACCUCCUCUCUUCUGUCUUAGCACCGAAAGACUGGAGACCAGUAGAAAGUUUGUGGCACUCAAUGGCUCAUAAGUGCUGGUAGCACUUCUGUCUCUCAGUGAAAAGGAACUGUAAGAAAACUGUAAUACAAAUGCUAGCUGUUUACAGGCAAACGUUAGUAUGCCUGCUCACCAGGACAAAACCUCUUGAAUCUUACCAUUCAUCAGUCAAUGGUUGAAAUUGCCUCCAUUUUUUUCUUUAGUUUUUCUUUUUCAUAAUAAGGUAUUGUAAAUUCAUUUUCGUGAUUUCAUGUAAUAUUGGUCAAAUGUUUUACAAAUCAAUAAAAGAAUAUAAUAAUGAA